AUGCCACAACCAAACACGUUCAUGAAAUUUGAAAAUUAUGAACGGACACAAAAACACCCAUUUGCUUUAUACGCUGAUUUUGAAUCUUUUUUAGUUAAACAAAAUAAUUCCAAUAAUACAAGAAAUACCUGUAUAAUUCAUGAUCAUGACUUGAUGAGUUAUUGUUACUAUAUAAAACCUUCUGAAGAUAUUCCAAUUGAAUUACUGAAUAAAUAUAAUAUUUCAACCAAACCAGUAAUGUUCAGAGGAGAUUCUAGUUUGGGCAAAGGAAAUGUUGCAAAGAGGUUCAUGGAUGACAUUGUGAAAGUCGCUAAGAACAUAGAAAAAUUAUUACAAACUAAUGUACCCCUUACAAUGACUAUGGAAAACAAUAAAACACAGAAAUAUUGCAGAUCUAGGGACAUGUCCGUAUUGCAAAUCAAAAUGUAA